UAACCCCUCUAAACAAUAGAGACAAUAUACAAAGCCAAAAUUCCAAGGGCUUUCUUCUUCUUCUUCCGUCCACCCUCUUUCGGCUCGUUUGCAGAAUCUUGAUUUUGCUGUCUAUACUCCAAUGGCCUCUCCCCAAGCAACUCUUCUUCUACAAAAACAACUCAAAGAUCUAUGUAAACAUCCCGUUGAUGGAUUUUCGGCCGGAUUGGUCAAUGAAAACAAUUUGUUCGAAUGGAGCGUCACCAUUAUUGGGCCUCCAGAUACCUUAUAUGAUGGUGGAUUUUUUAAUGCAAUUAUGUCUUUUCCACAAAAUUAUCCAAACAGCCCACCGACAGUGAAAUUUACCUCAGAAGUAUGGCAUCCAAAUGUAUAUGCUGAUGGAAAAGUAUGCAUCUCUAUCCUUCAUCCCCCUGGUGAUGACCCAAGUGGCUACGAGCUUGCAAGUGAACGCUGGUCUCCAGUUCAUACGGUUGAGAGCAUAGUUCUUAGUAUCAUAUCAAUGCUUUCAAGUCCUAAUGAUGAGUCCCCUGCAAAUGUAGAAGCUGCUAUAGAAUGGAGAGAUAGAAGGGACGAUUUCAGGAAGAAAGUGAGUCAAUGUGUGAGGAAGUCGCAAGAAAUGUUGUGAAAAUAGGUAGCUCACUUAAGCUCUUAAGCCCCAAGCUUUUUGUUUCCGUCUGCCUAUGAUGGUAUUGUGGUCCACUUUCAUUGUGUCAAUUCAUUGCAGUCAUUUGUUGCCAUCCAUGUAAAAUAAAGAAUUCCAUGAACUUUUCCCUUCAGCAUUCUGUCUCUAAUGUGGUAACAUAACAAGGCUUCUUCAUCUUCCACUCAUGUCAUUCAAGUGUUAUAUUACUAGUUUGCCA